AUGGCGACGAGCGGCGGGGAAGAGGCUGCGGCCUCGGCCCCGGCCCCGGCCCCGGUCCCGGCUGCGGCCCCGGCUGCGGCCCCAGGCUGGGAGGUGGCUGUCCGGCCGCUGCUGUCCGCCUCCUACUCCGCCUUCGAGAUGAAGGAGCUGCCGCAGCUGGUGGCCUCAGUCAUCGAGAGCGAAUCAGAAAUCCUGCACCACGACAAGCAGUAUGAGCCCUUCUACUCCUCCUUUGUUGCACUUUCCACACAUUAUAUCACAACGGUCUGUAGCCUCAUUCCCCGAAAUCAGCUCCAGUCAGUGGCAGCUGCCUGCAAAGUCCUGAUUGAGUUCUCCCUCCUGCGUCUAGAGAAUCCAGAUGAGGCCUGUGCUGUAUCCCAGAAACACUUGAUCCUCCUUAUCAAAGGCCUGUGCACUGGCUGUAGCCGGCUAGACCGAACUGAAAUCAUUACUUUCACUGCAAUGAUGAAAUCUGCCAAGCUUCCACAGACAGUGAAGACUCUCUCAGAUGUGGAAGAUCAGAAGGAGCUGGCUUCACCGGUCAGCCCAGAGCUAAGGCAGAAGGAGGUACAAAUGAACUUUCUGAACCAGUUGACCUCAGUCUUCAAUCCUAGAGCAGUAGCAGCACCAUCCCUCUCACCAGUGAUUCAGAUGGAAGGAGAAAAUGAUGACCAGUGCUCAACAGAUCAAGCCUCUGCCAUCAAGACAAAGAAUGUGUUCAUAGCUCAGAAUGUGGCUAGUCUACAGGAACUUGGUGGCUCAGAGAAGCUGCUUCGAGUGUGUCUGAAUCUUCCAUAUUUCCUACGCUACAUCAAUCGGUUCCAAGAUGCCGUGUUGGCUAAUUCCUUCUUCAUUAUGCCAGCAACAGUGGCAGAUGCCACUGCUGUCCGUAAUGGUUUUCAUUCAUUAGUCAUUGAUGUAACCAUGGCAUUGGAUACCCUUUCUCUCCCUGUUUUGGAACCCCUUAAUCCUGCUCGAUUACAAGAUGUGACAGUGCUCAGCCUUAGCUGUUUAUAUGCAGGUGUAAGUGUGGCCACAUGCAUGGCUAUUCUUCAUGUGGGCAGUACCCAGCAGGUGCGAACAGGCUCUACUAGCUCCAAAGAAGAAGAUUAUGAAAAUGAUGCUGCUACAAUUGUUCAGAAAUGUCUUGAAAUCUAUGAAAUGAUUGGGCAGGCCAUCAGCAACUCCCGGCGAGCUGGAGGAGAGCACUACCAGAACUUUCAGCUGCUGGGUGCUUGGUGUUUGCUGAAUAGUCUCUUCCUCAUCUUGAAUCUCAGCCCAACUGCCUUAGCUGAUAAGGGGAAAGAGAAAGAUCCACUGGCUGCUCUCAGAGUUCGAGACAUCAUUGCUCGUACAAAAGAGGGUGUGGGCUCCCCCAAACUGGGACCUGGGAAAGGGCAUCAAGGAUUUGGGGUUCUCUCUGUAGUAUUGGCAAAUCAUUCAAUCAAACUAUUAACAUCUCUAUUUCAAGACCUGCAAGUAGAGGCUCUGCAUAAGGGUUGGGAAACAGAUGGUCCCCCUGCAGCCCUGAGCAUCAUGGCCCAGAGUACAUCAAUACAGAGAAUUCAGCGAUUGAUUGACUCUGUUCCACUCACAAAUCUGCUGCUGACCUUGCUCUCUACCUCGUACAGAAAGGCAUGUGUCUUGCAGCGUCAGAGGAAAGGUUCUAUGAGUAGUGAUGCCAGUGCCUCUACUGACUCCAACACAUAUUACGAGGAUGAUUUUAGCAGCACAGAGGAGGACAGUAGUCAAGAUGAUGACAGUGAGCCCAUCCUUGGGCAGUGGUUUGAGGAAACCAUCUCUCCGAGCAAGGAGAAAGUGGCACCUCCUCCUCCUCCCCCCCCUCCACCUUUGGAGAGCUCACCUCGAGUCAAAAGCCCAAAUAAACCUGCUGCUGGUGAGAAAGGCAACAUCCUGGCCAGUCGAAAGGACCCUGAGUUGUUUUUAGGUCUGGCUUCUAACAUUUUGAACUUCAUCACCUCCUCCAUGUUGAAUUCUCGAAAUAACUUCAUCCGUAAUUACCUGAGUGUGUCUUUGUCCGAGCAGCAUAUGGGCACCUUAGCCAGCAUUAUCAAAGAGGUGGACAAGGAUGGGCUCAAGGGUUCAUCAGAUGAAGAAUUUGCUGCUGCACUUUAUCACUUUAACCACUCUCUAGUAACGUCAGACCUCCAGUCUCCUACCCUGCAGAACACUCUAUUGCAACAACUGGGAAUUGCUCCCUUUUCUGAUGGCCCGUGGCCCUUGUACAUCCACCCUCAGAGCUUAUCUGUGCUCUCACGCCUCCUGCUCAUUUGGCAGCACAGAGCCAAUGCUCAAGGAGACCCUGAUGUUCCCGAAUGCCUUAAAGUUUGGGAGAGGUUUGUGGCCACACUGAAACAGAAUGCCUUGCAAGGGGUGCUUCCCAGUGAUACGGAAGACCUGAAUGUGGAGCAUCUGCAACUUCUCCUCCUCCUCUUCCACAACUUCUCAGAGAAAGGUCGUCGUUCCAUAUUGGCCCUUUGCAUCCAGACCAUCCUGGAGCUGACAGCUAGCUUGGAUUCUCAGCUGUGCUCAGUGCCACUGCUCCUGGCUCGCCUUCUCUUGGUCUUUGAUUAUUUACUUCAUCAGUACUCCAAAGUCCCAAUGUACCUUUUUGAACAGGUGCAAUAUAACCUUCUUAGCCCUCCUUUUGGCUGGGUAACUGGAUCUCAGGAAAGUGGUCGUAGGGCCCCUCUGCCCUUGUAUCAUGGCUUCAAAGAAGUGGAAGAAAACUGGAUCAAGCAUUGUGCAUCAGAUGCUGCCUCACAGCCCAGGUUUUAUUGUGUCCUGUCACCAGAAGCCUCAGAAGAUGACUUAAAUCGUCUUGAUAAUAUGAUCUGUGAGGUCCUUUUCUCCAGAGCAGUGAAAUAUGAUGAACUCUACAGUGCACUGACGUCUUUGCUAGCAGCUGGAUCUCAGUUUGACACCACCAGGAGGAAGGAGAGGAAGAACGUGACAGUCCUGGAGGCCUGUGCCCUUCAGUAUUACUUCUUGAUACUCUGGAGGAUCCUAGGGAUUUUGCCACCAUCCAAGAAAUAUAUGAACCAGUUGGCUAUGAACACCCGUGAGUUGAGCGAAUGUGACAUUCUGCAUACUUUGCGCUGGUCUUCUCGCCUUCGGAUCGGCUCUUAUGUCAGCUGGGUAAAGGAUCACCUUGUCCAACAGGGCAUGAAAGCUGACCGUGCUAGUCCCCUCCUUGAGCUGGCAUCUAGCACAUGCCGCUCUGUGAGAUAUGAUGUGGAAAUAGCAGAGGGGUACUUUGCUCAACAGAUCUCAUCAUUCUGUGGCAUCGACUGUACCACCAUCUUGCAGUUACAUGAGAUUCCCAGCCUGCAAUCCAUCUAUACCCUUGAUGCAGCCAUUUCCAAGGUCCAGGUCUCCCUGGAUGAAUAUUUUUCCAAGUUGGCAGCUGAGACUGACCCUCAUAAGUCAUCGGAGAUAACUAAGAACCUUUUGCCUGCUACACUACAACUUAUUGAUACCUACGCAUCAUUCACUAGGUCUUAUUUGCUGCGAAGCCUCUCUGAGGAAGGAUCCACUGAGAAUAAACCUAAUGAAGAAAAACUGGGAGGCUAUGCUGCUGUCUUGGCAAUAGGCUCAAGCCGUUGCAAGUCCAAUACUUUGGGUUCUACACUUGUUCAGAACUUACCAUCAUCUGUGCAGGCCCUAUGCGAAUCAUGGAACAAUAUUCACACAAAUGAAUUUCCCAAUAUUGGAUCUUGGCGUAAUGCUUUUGCUAACGACACGAUUCCAGCAGAGAGUUACAUCAGUGCUGUGCAAGCUGCCCACCUGGGGACUCUCUGCAGCCAGAGUCUGCCCUUGGCUGCUUCCUUGAAGCAUACACUUCUUUCUCUGGUCAGGUUGACAGGGGAUCUUAUUGUUUGGUCCGAUGAGUUAAACCCUCCCCAGGUGAUCCGGACACUGCUGCCCCUUCUUUUGGAAACCAGCACUGAGAGCGUGGCUGAGUUGAGUAGCAACUCCCUGGAAAGAAUCUUGGGCCCAGCUGAGUCAGAUGAGUUUUUGGCUCGAGUUUAUGAGAAGCUGAUCACUGGAUGCUACAAUAUUUUGGCCAAUCAUGCGGAUCCCAAUAGUGGACUGGAUGAGUCCAUCUUGGAAGAGUGUCUCCAAUAUCUAGAGAAGCAGUUGGAAAGUAGCCAGGCUCGCAAGGCUAUGGAGGAGUUUUUCUCAGAGAGUGGAGAACUUGUCCAGAUCAUGAUGGCCACAGCCAAUGAGAACCUCUCUGCUAAAUUCUGUAACCGAGUUCUGAAAUUCUUCACCAAACUCUUCCAGCUGACCGAGAAGAGCCCUAACCCAAGCCUGCUACAUCUCUGCGGCUCCCUCGCUCAGUUGGCUUGUGUGGAGCCUGUGCGGCUCCAGGCCUGGCUUACCCGCAUGACCACAUCACCCCCCAAGGAGUCUGACCAGCUGGAGGUAGUACAAGAGAACCGACAGCUGUUGCAGCUACUGACCACAUACAUUGUUCGGGAGAACAGCCAAGUUGGGGAAGGCGUUUGCACUGUGCUGCUGAGUACCCUGAUCCCUAUGGCGACAGAAAUGCUGGCCAAUGGGGAUGGUGCUGGCUUUCCUGAGCUCAUGGUUGUGAUGGCAACACUGGCCAGUGCAGGCCAAGGUGCCGGCCACCUCCAGCUUCAUGGUGCUGCUGUUGACUGGCUUAGCAGAUGUAAGAAAUACUUGUCUCAGAAGAAUGUAGUUGAAAAAAUGAAUGCUAAUGUAAUGCAUGGGAAGCAUGUGACUGUUCUGGAAUGUACCUGCCAUAUUGUGUCUUACCUGGCUGAUGUCACCAAUGCCUUGAGCCAGGGCAGCAGUCAGGGAUCUAGUCACCUCUCAGUGGAUGGAGAGGAGCGGGCCAUCGAGGUUGACUCAGACUGGGUCGAGGAACUGGCUGUAGAAGAAGAAGACUCUCAGGCCGAGGACUCAGAUGAAGAUUCUCUUUGCAACAAGCUGUGCACAUUUACUAUCACACAGAAAGAAUUCAUGAACCAACAUUGGUACCACUGUCACACCUGCAAGAUGGUGGAUGGGGUGGGCGUGUGCACAGUAUGUGCUAAGGUCUGCCACAAGGAUCAUGAAAUUUCUUAUGCCAAGUACGGGUCCUUCUUCUGUGACUGCGGAGCCAAGGAAGAUGGGAGCUGCUUGGCUCUGGUAAAAAGGACACCCAGCAGUGGUAUGAGCUCCACCAUGAAGGAGUCAGCAUUUCAGAGUGAGCCCCGGGUUUCUGAGAAUGUGGUGCGUCAUGCCAGCAGCACGUCCCCAGCAGAUAAGGCCAAAGUCACCAUCAGUGAUGGCAAAAUUGUUGAUGAAGAGAAACCCAAGAAGAGCAGUUUGUGUCGGAGUGUGGAAGGUUGCCGAGAAGAACUUCAGACCCAGGCGAACUUCUCUUUUGCUCCCUUGGUGUUAGACAUGCUUGGUUUCCUCAUGGAGGCCAUUCAGGUCAACUUCCAGCAGGCUUCAGCCAUGGGCAGUAGCAGCCGGGCACAACAAGCACUCAAUGAAUUACACACCUUGGACAAGAUGGUAGAGAUGACAGACCAGCUGAUGGUCCCUACCUUAGGCUCCCAGGAAGGUGCCUUUGAAAAUGUCCGGAUGAACUACAGUGGAGAUCAGGGCCAGACUAUUCGCCAGCUCAUUAGUGCCCAUGUGCUGAGACGAGUGGCAAUGUGUGUGCUGUCUUCACCUCAUGGGCGCCGCCAGCAUUUAGCUGUCAGCCACGAAAAGGGCAAGAUUACUGUUCUGCAGCUCUCUGCACUCCUCAAACAAGCAGAUUCUAGUAAAAGGAAGCUAACUCUGACUCGCCUGGCAUCGGCACCAGUUCCCUUUACUGUGUUAAGUCUCACUGGAAAUCCUUGUAAGGAAGACUAUCUUGCUGUGUGUGGACUGAAGGACUGCCAUGUGCUGACCUUCAGUAGCUCAGGCUCUGUUUCUGACCACUUAGUGCUACAUCCUCAGUUGGCAACAGGAAACUUUAUCAUCAAAGCUGUGUGGUUACCUGGCUCACAGACAGAGCUGGCCAUUGUUACUGCAGACUUUGUCAAGAUAUAUGACCUCUCAGUUGAUGCAUUGAGCCCAACCUUCUACUUUCUCUUGCCAAGCUCAAAGAUCAGAGAUGUUGCUUUUCUCUUCAAUGAAGAGGGCAAGAACAUUAUUGUUAUAAUGUCCUCAGCUGGCUACAUCUACACUCAGCUCAUGGAGGAGGCCAGCAGUGCUCAGCAUGGGCCUUUCUAUGUCACAAAUGUGCUGGAAAUCAAUCAUGAAGAUCUGAAGGACAGCAAUAGCCAGGUGGCAGGAGGAGGCGUGUCUGUAUACUACUCCCAUGUGCUACAAAUGCUCUUCUUCAGCUACUGUCAAGGCAAAUCUUUUGCAGCCACCAUCAGCAGGUCUACUCUGGAGGUGUUGCGUCUCUUCCCCAUCAACAUUAAGAGUACUAAUGGUGGCAGCAAAACUUCCCCUGCUCUCUGCCAGUGGUCUGAGGUGAUGAACCACCCUGGAUUGGUAUGUUGUGUCCAGCAAACUACAGGUGUGCCACUGGUGAUCAUGGUGAAACCAGAUACCUUUCUCAUCCAGGAGAUCAAGACUCUGCCAGCUAAAGCAAAGAUCCAGGACAUGGUUGCUAUCCGGCACACAGCCUGCAAUGAGCAGCAGAGGACAACCAUGAUCCUGUUGUGUGAGGAUGGCAGUCUGCGCAUUUACAUGGCCAAUGUGGAAAAUACGUCCUACUGGCUUCAGCCUUCCCUACAGCCCAGCAGUGUCAUCAGCAUCAUGAAACCUGUCCGCAAGCGCAAAGCAGCAGCCAUUACCACUCGCACUUCUAGCCAGGUCACCUUCCCUAUCGACUUCUUUGAACACAACCAGCAGCUGACAGAUGUGGAGUUUGGUGGCAAUGAUCUCCUCCAGGUCUACAAUGCUCAACAGAUAAAACACCGACUGAACUCCACCGGCAUGUAUGUGGCCAACACCAAGCCCGGAGGUUUCACCAUUGAAGUAAGCAACAACAAUAGCACAAUGGUGAUGACAGGCAUGCGUCUGCAGAUUGGAACCCAGGCCAUUGAACGGGCCCCAUCAUACAUUGAGAUCUUUGGCCGGACCAUGCAGCUCAACCUCACUCGAUCACGCUGGUUUGACUUCCCAUUUACCCGAGAAGAAGCACUCCAAGCUGACAAGAAGCUGAGCAUCUUCAUUGGGGCCUCAGUGGAUCCAGCAGGAGUCACUAUGAUAGAUGCUGUCAAGAUUUAUGGAAAGACCAAAGAGCAAUUUGGCUGGCCUGACGAACCCCCAGAGGAUUUUCCUUCUGCUUCUGUCAGUAAUAUCUGCCCCCCCAAUGUAAGCCAAGGCAAUGGCACUGGAGAGAGUGACACAACGGCCCCUACCACUUCCAGUGGGACUGUCCUGGAGAGGCUAGUGGGGAGUUCUUUAGAAGCCCUCGAAAGCUGCUUUGCUGUGGGCCCUGUCAGUGAGAAGGAAAAGAGCAAGGCUGCAGCUCAGGAGCUGGCCACCAUGCUGCUUUCUAUGCCAGCACCAUCCAGUGUCCAGCAACAGACAAAAAGCCUCCUUGCCAGCCUUCACACCAGUCGCUCAGCCUAUCACAACCACAAGGACCAGGCCUUGCUGAGUAAAGCUGUGCAGUGCCUCAACUCAUCCAGCAAAGACGGGAAAGAGCUCGACCCAGAGGUGUUCCAGCGGCUCGUGAUCACUGCUCGCUCCAUUGCCAUCAUGCGCCCCAACAACCUUGUCCAUUUCACUGAGUCAAAGUUGCCACCAGUGGAAACAGAAGGAAUGGAUGAGGGGAAAGAGCCCCAGAAACACACAGAAGGAGAUGGCUGUACUUUUAUCACCCAACUCAUCAACCAUUUCUGGAAACUGCAUGCAUCCAAACCCAAGAAUGCUUUUUUGGCACCUGCCUGCUUACCAGGCUUGACUCAUGUUGAAGCUACUGUCAAUGCAUUGGUGGACAUCAUCCAUGGCUACUGUACUUGUGAGCUAGACUGUAUCAACACAGCCUCCAAGAUCUAUAUGCAGAUGCUCCUAUGCCCCGAUCCUGCUGUGAGCUUCUCAUGUAAACAGGCUCUGAUCCGAGUGCUAAGGCCCAGGAACAAGCGGAGACAUGUGACUUUGCCCUCCUCCCCUAGGAGCAACACACCUAUGGGAGACAAGGAUGAUGAUGAUGAUGAUGAUGCUGAUGAGAAAAUGCAGUCCUCGGGGAUUCCAGAGAGUGGACAUAUCCGCCAGGAGAGCCAAGAGCAAAACGAGGUGGAUCAUGGGGACUUUGAGAUGGUGUCUGAGUCCAUGGUGCUGGAGACAGCUGAGAAUGUGAACAAUGGCAACCCUUCUCCCCUGGAGGCUCUCCUGGCUGGUGCAGAGGGUUUCCCACCAAUGCUGGACAUCCCCCCUGAUGCAGAUGAUGAGACUAUGGUGGAGUUGGCUAUUGCUUUGAGCCUGCAACAGGAUCAGCAAGGCAGCAGCAGCAGUGCCCUGGGCCUGCAGAGCCUGGGACUGUCCGGCCAGGCACCCAGCUCUUCCUCCCUGGACGCAGGAACCCUUUCUGACACCACAGCAUCAGCUCCAGCAUCAGAUGACGAAGGCAGCACAGCGGCAACUGAUGGCUCCACCCUUCGGACUUCUCCUGCCGAUCAUGGCGGUAGUGUGGGCUCCGAGAGUGGAGGGAGCGCCGUGGACUCGGUGGCUGGAGAGCACAGUGUGUCAGGACGGAGUAGUGCCUAUGGGGACACCACAGCCGAGGGACACCCAGCUGGGCCAGGCAGUGUCAGUUCCAGCACUGGAGCUAUCAGCACCACCACGGGCCAGCAGGAAGGAGAUGGCUCAGAGGGAGAGGGAGAAGGGGAAGCUGAAGGAGAUGUCAACACCAGUAACAGACUGCACAUGGUCCGACUGAUGCUGUUGGAGAGGCUGCUGCAGACCUUGCCCCAGCUGCGCAACGUAGGUGGUGUCCGGGCCAUCCCAUAUAUGCAGGUCAUUCUGAUGCUUACAACAGACUUAGAUGGAGAAGAUGAGAAGGAUAAGGGUGCCCUGGACAAUUUGCUAUCUCAGCUGAUUGCAGAAUUGGGCAUGGACAAGAAGGAUGUUUCUAAGAAGAAUGAACGCUGUGCCCUGAAUGAGGUCCAUCUGGUGGUGAUGAGGUUAUUGAGUGUCUUCAUGUCCAGGACAAAGUCGGGGUCCAAGUCUUCCAUCUGUGAGUCGUCCUCCCUCAUCUCCAGUGCCACUGCAGCAGCGCUGUUGAGCUCUGGGGCUGUGGACUACUGCCUGCAUGUGCUCAAGUCUCUGUUGGACUACUGGAAGAGCCAACAAAAUGAUGAGGAGCCUGUGGCCACCAGUCAGUUGCUAAAACCCCACACCACUUCCUCCCCACCUGACAUGAGUCCUUUCUUCCUCCGUCAGUAUGUGAAGGGCCACGCAGCAGAUGUGUUUGAGGCCUACACACAACUUCUGACAGAGAUGGUGCUACGGCUGCCAUACCAAAUCAAAAAGAUCGCUGACACUAAUUCUCGUAUUCCACCUCCUGUAUUUGACCAUUCAUGGUUUUACUUCCUGUCUGAGUACCUGAUGAUUCAGCAGACACCAUUUGUACGUCGCCAAGUCCGCAAACUUCUGCUGUUCAUCUGUGGCUCAAAGGAGAAGUACCGCCAGCUUCGGGACUUGCAUACCCUGGAUUCCCAUGUGCGUGGAAUCAAAAAGCUACUGGAGGAGCAAGGAAUCUUCCUUCGGGCCAGUGUGGUCACAGCCAGCUCGGGCUCAGCCCUGCAGUAUGAUACACUCAUCAGCCUGAUGGAGCACCUCAAAGCCUGUGCAGAGAUUGCUACCCAACGCACCAUCAACUGGCAGAAAUUCUGUAUUAAAGAUGACUCGGUCCUGUACUUCCUCCUCCAAGUCAGUUUCCUGGUGGAUGAGGGAGUGUCCCCAGUGCUAUUGCAGCUGCUGUCCUGUGCUCUCUGUGGCAGCAAAGUCCUCACUGUGGCUUCUUCAUCCGGAUCCUCAAGCGCUACCUCUGGUUCCUCCUCCUCCUCCUCCUCAGCCCCCGUGGCCUCUGGUUCUGGACAAGCAACAACCCAAAGCAAGUCAUCCACCAAAAAGAGCAAGAAGGAAGAAAAGGAGAAAGAGAAGGAGGGUGAGUGUUCAGGUAGUCAAGAAGACCAACUAUGCACAGCCUUGGUGAACCAAUUGAACAAAUUUGCUGACAAGGAGACCCUGAUCCAGUUUCUUCGCUGCUUCCUGCUAGAAUCUAACUCCUCCUCUGUGCGCUGGCAGGCCCAUUGCCUGGCACUGCACAUAUACAGAAACUCCAACAAAUCACAACAGGAGCUUCUAUUGGACCUGAUGUGGUCCAUCUGGCCAGAACUCCCAGCCUAUGGCCGGAAGGCUGCCCAGUUUGUAGACCUUCUUGGAUAUUUCUCAUUGAAAACCCCACAGACUGAGAAAAAGGCCGUGACCAACAUCAAUACCCUUCUGGAUAAGGCUGACCGAGUAUAUCACCAGCUAAUGGGACACAGGCCACAGCUGGAAAAUCUGCUUUGCAAAGUGAAUGAAGCAGCUCCUGAAAAACCCCAGGAUGAUUCAGGCAGUGCUGGGGGGAUCAGCUCUACAUCAGCCAGUGUAAAUCGCUACAUCCUACAGUUGGCUCAGGAGUACUGCGGAGAAUGUAAGAACUCUUUUGACGAACUCUCCAAGAUCAUACAGAAAGUCUUUGCUUCACGGAAAGAGCUUUUAGAGUAUGAUUUGCAGCAGAGGGAGGCAGCUACCAAGUCAUCUCGAACAACAGUGCAGCCAACCUUCACCGCCAGCCAGUACCGAGCCUUGUCAGUCUUAGGCUGUGGUCACACCUCUUCUACAAAGUGCUAUGGUUGUGCCUCAGCAGUCACUGAACAUUGUAUCACACUGCUCCGGGCCCUGGCCACAAACCCAGCCUUGCGCCACAUCCUCGUCUCACAGGGCCUCAUCCGGGAGCUCUUUGAUUACAAUCUGCGCCGAGGGGCAGCUGCCAUGCGGGAGGAAGUCCGCCAGCUCAUGUGUCUCCUCACCAGGGAUAAUCCAGAAGCAACUCAGCAAAUGAAUGACCUGAUUAUUGGCAAGGUCUCAGCAGCCCUGAAAGGCCAUUGGGCCAACCCUGAUCUGGCAAGCAGCCUUCAGUAUGAAAUGCUCUUAUUGACUGACUCCAUCUCAAAGGAGGAUAGCUGCUGGGAACUUCGCUUGCGCUGUGCUCUUAGUCUUUUCCUGAUGGCUGUAAACAUCAAAACACCUGUGGUUGUGGAAAAUAUCACCCUCAUGUGCCUCAGGAUCCUGCAGAAGCUGAUCAAGCCGCCUGCUCCCACCAGCAAGAAAAACAAGGACGUUCCUGUUGAAGCUCUCACCACAGUUAAACCAUACUGCAAUGAGAUCCAUGCCCAGGCUCAGCUGUGGCUCAAGCGAGACCCAAAAGCAUCCUAUGAGGCCUGGAAGAAGUGCCUCCCCACCAGAGGUUUGGAUUCCAAUGGGAAAUCCUCCACUAGGUCAGAGCUUCGUCAGCUCUACUUGACAGAGAAGUAUGUGUGGAGGUGGAAACAGUACAUGAGCCGUCGGGGGAAGAGGACCUCGCCUUUGGAUCUUAAGUUGGGUCAUAAUAACUGGCUGCGGCAGGUGCUGUUUACUCCAGCGACUCAGGCAGCACGUCAGGCAGCCUGCACCAUUGUGGAAGCUCUCGCAACCAUUCCUAGCCGCAAACAGCAGGUCCUUGACCUCCUUACCAGUUACCUGGAUGAGUUGAGUAUUGCUGGAGAGUGUGCAGCUGAGUACUUGGCUCUCUACCAGAAGUUAAUCAAACCAGCUCACUGGAAGGUCUACCUGGCAGCUCGGGGUGUCCUGCCCUAUGUUGGCAACCUUAUCACCAAGGAAAUAGCCCGUUUGUUGGCCCUGGAAGAGGCUACGCUGAGCACUGACUUACAGCAGGGAUAUGCUCUCAAGAGUCUCACAGGUCUUCUUUCCUCCUUUGUUGAAGUGGAGUCCAUUAAGCGUCACUUCAAAAGCCGCCUGGUGGGCACUGUGUUAAAUGGCUACCUGUGUCUGCGGAAGCUGGUAGUGCAGAGGACCAAGCUGAUUGAUGAGACCCAGGAUAUGCUGCUGGAGAUGCUGGAGGACAUGACCACAGGCACAGAAUCAGAAACAAAGGCCUUCAUGGCAGUGUGCAUUGAAACAGCCAAACGCUACAAUCUGGAUGACUACAGAACUCCUGUCUUCAUCUUUGAGAGGCUCUGCAGUAUCAUCUAUCCUGAAGAGAAUGAAGUAACUGAAUUCUUUGUGACUCUGGAGAAGGAUCCCCAGCAAGAAGAUUUCUUACAGGGGCGUAUGCCUGGCAACCCUUACAGCAGCAAUGAACCAGGCAUUGGACCUCUUAUGAGGGACAUUAAGAACAAGAUCUGCCAGGACUGUGAUCUGGUGGCCCUUCUGGAAGAUGAUAGUGGAAUGGAGCUCCUGGUGAACAAUAAAAUUAUCAGUUUGGAUCUUCCUGUGGCAGAAGUGUACAAGAAGGUCUGGUGCCCUACCAAUGAGGGAGAACCCAUGAGGAUCAUCUACCGCAUGCGGGGCUUGUUGGGUGAUGCCACCGAGGAAUUCAUUGAGUCCCUGGACUCCACCACAGAUGAAGAAGAAGAUGAAGAAGAGGUAUAUAAGAUGGCUGGUGUGAUGGCCCAAUGUGGAGGCUUGGAUUGCAUGCUCAAUAGACUGGCUGGGAUCAAGGAUUUCAAACAGGGCCGGCAUCUUCUGACGGUACUACUUAAAUUGUUCAGUUACUGUGUGAAGGUGAAAGUGAAUCGGCAGCAGCUGGUCAAGCUUGAGAUGAACACUUUGAAUGUCAUGCUGGGAACUCUUAACUUGGCCCUGGUGGCUGAGCAGGAGAGCAAAGACAGUGGAGGAGCGGCUGUGGCAGAGCAGGUGCUCAGUAUCAUGGAGAUCAUUCUGGACGAGUCAAAUGCUGAGCCCCUGAGCGAGGACAAGGGCAACCUUCUCCUGACAGGUGACAAGGACCAGCUGGUGAUGUUGCUAGACCAGAUUAAUAGCACUUUUGUGCGUUCUAAUCCCAGCGUCCUUCAGGGCUUGUUGCGAAUUAUCCCAUAUUUGUCCUUUGGAGAGAUGGAGAAGAUGCAGAUCCUGGUGGACAGAUUCAAGCCAUACUGCAACUUUGACAAGUAUGAUGAGGAUCACACUGGUGAUGAUAAAGUCUUCCUGGACUGUUUCUGCAAAAUAGCUGCUGGCAUUAAAAACAACAGUAAUGGGCACCAGCUGAAGGAUCUCAUCCUCCAGAAGGGAAUCACGCAGAGUGCUUUAGACUAUAUGAAGAAGCACAUCCCUAGUGCCAAGAAUUUAGAUGCUGACAUUUGGAAGAAGUUUUUAUCUCGCCCAGCCCUCCCCUUCAUCUUAAGACUUCUUCGUGGGCUGGCCAUUCAGCACCCUUCCACCCAGGUGCUAAUUGGUACAGACUCCAUCACAAACCUGCAUAAACUGGAGCAAGUGUCAAGUGAUGAGGGAAUUGGAACCCUGGCCGAGAACUUGUUGGAGGCACUUCGAGAGCACCCUGAGGUGAACAAGAAAAUUGAUGCAGCCCGAAAGGAGACACGGGCUGAGAAGAAGCGUAUGGCCAUGGCCAUGAGGCAGAAAGCCUUGGGGACCCUGGGCAUGACGACAAAUGAGAAAGGUCAAGUUGUCACCAAGACGGCCCUGCUGAAGCAGAUGGAGGAGUUAAUUGAAGAGCCAGGGCUCACCUGCUGCAUCUGCAGGGAGGGCUACAAAUUCCAGCCUGCAAAGGUCUUGGGCAUUUAUACCUUCACUAAGCGGGUAGCCCUGGAAGAGCUGGAGAAUAAGCCCCGGAAGCAACAGGGCUAUAGCACUGUGUCCCACUUCAACAUUGUCCACUACGACUGUCAUUUGGCCGCUGUCAGAUUGGCCCGAGGGCGAGAAGAAUGGGAGAGUGCAGCCCUUCAGAACGCCAACACCAAGUGCAAUGGACUCCUCCCCGUCUGGGGGCCCCAUGUCCCAGAGUCAGCUUUUGCAACUUGCUUGGCAAGGCAUAACACGUACCUCCAGGAGUGCACAGGGCAGCGUGAGCCCACGUACCAACUUAACAUUCAUGACAUCAAGUUACUUUUCCUCCGGUUUGCCAUGGAGCAGUCAUUCAGUGUAGACACAGGAGGCGGCGGCAGAGAGAGCAACAUACACCUGAUCCCGUACAUCAUUCACACCGUGCUUUAUGUCCUGAACACAACCAGGGCAACUUCCCGAGAAGAGAAGAACCUGCAGAGCUUUUUAGAGCAGCCCAAAGAAAAGUGGGUGGAGAGUGCCUUUGAAGUGGAUGGGCCCCACUACUACACUGUUCUGGCCCUCCACAUCUUGCCCCCAGAGAGAUGGAGAGCCAUCCGAGUGGAGAUUCUGCGGAGGCUCUUGGUGAUCUCCCAGGCCCGAGCAGUGUCGCCAGGGGGAGCCAGCAGACUGACAGAUAAGUCGGUGAAGGACUACUCAGCCUAUCGUUCUGCACUUCUCUUUUGGGCCCUAGUCGAUCUCAUUUACAACAUGUUUAAGAAGGUGCCUACCAGUAACACAGAGGGAGGCUGGUCCUGCUCUCUAGCUGAGUUUAUCCGCCAUAAUGACAUGCCCAUCUAUGAAGCUGCAGACAAGGCCCUGAAAACGUUCCAGGAGGAAUUCAUGCCUGUGGAAACAUUCUCAGAGUUCGUGGAUGUGGCUGGACUCCUCUCAGAAAUCAGUUUAGCUGACAACUUCCUGAAGGACCUUUUGAACUCAAUCCCCUGACCACCCAGCCCGGGAGAGUGACCGGCCAAGACGGAUCCCAGCCUGCCUUCCGCCCCUGUGUUUCUCCUCUCCUCAGCUUUGGUUUUUUUCCGAGGGGCGCUGCCGUUAGUGUCCCCCUCCCCCGCGGUUUGUGUGGGAACGGCUUGGGGGGUUUAGACUUUCCUGUUUUAUCUUGUGUGUGGUGCAUUAGCUAUGAAGUUAUACGUACAUACCCCAAGCAAUUGGAGGACCCUGUACAUACCAAGGGGCCAUGAGUUGUCCUGGCCAAACUUAAUACUUGAGUGUGCACAUCUUGAGAAAUAAGUGAAUGAAUAAAUACCCAUUGAAAAGGA